GCGUUCUAAACUUAGGAUUUCUUAAAAAAUUCAAAUGAGUUCACAACAGAAUGUGGAUGGUAAUCCACCACCCACUAAAAAGCCAAAGCAAGAUGUCACAGCCAGUGAAAACAUUCCUUUUACAUCUGUUACCAUAGCAACCCCGGUGACCUUGAUGACGACCAGUGUCACUAGCAAUAACAAUUUGCAGCAAGGUUCAGUUAUCAGUGUUACAUUUUCAAAUGGUGUUUUCAAUGUGAAACCAGCUGAGUUGGAACAACCCCAGAUUGGCUCUUUGAAGCCAACAUCAGGCCUUCAACCAGGAACCAUGUCAGUGGUCAAGGGAUUACCAGUGAAUCCAGCUGGUAUGAAGCUACAGAGUCAAAAUGUUCAGCUUAGGGGAGCUAACCCUGUCACUUAUUUUGCUCAAAAUAUAACGGGAUCCCAAGCACCAGGUACGUCAGUCACCGUCAAACCAGGAACCAUGACUCUUGUACCACAGCAGGCCUUACCAUUACAAACACUUCAGGCCCUGCAGUCCAAAGGUGCAGGACAAACCAACAUACUACCAGCCCCUCUACCACUCCAGCAGCAAAACUUAAAAUCUGGUCAGAUAACAUUGGGACCUGUGACCUUAGCUCAGUACUCACAGGCAUCAGUAAGCCAGCCCAGCAAUGUCCUUCAAACUGCCCAAGGUCAAUUGAGACCUCAGAUGGUAUCCAAAAUGCUUCCUCAGCAGAACUUCCAAGUGAAACCACUGAAUGUAGGGAAAAGCCUGAUCCCCAACCAGCAAAUCCACAUUUCUCACAUCCACAAUGUAGGUGGAAAACCAGUUGCUAUGUUGGCCCAAUCUGCCUCUCUGGCCCAGCAACAGACUCCGGUCACCACAAUGACAGCAUUGAAGAGAUUUCCAGUACCGGUAUCCCCUAUCAGCAUGACACCCAACAGCAACAUUGCCAAUGCUUUGCCAACAAAAAUUCGCAUUCAAGGGAGUGUAGCAACAGACACCACAAACUUGUCAAAACAAGAUGCCAAAGAUAAAGUUAUCACAGGUACAAAACAUCUGCCAUCCCAAACAACCACAGCCAGUGUAGGUACACCACAACAGAAUGGGCUACCAGCCAAGCCAACCACAGUGGCAGUAUCCACUCAGUCUCCCACAUCAAUGGCUUCUGCCAUCCCUGUUGUACAAAAAGGCAGUCAUUUUCAUGUUCAGCCUGCAGCAAUGACACAGGUGGGAACAUUAACUACCCCGAGAUUUACCCACAUCAUUCCUAAUGCAUUAACAAAAGUUGGAGUGAUGACUGUGCCAUUUCAAAUGACUGCUUCAACCAGUGCACCAUUAUUGAUGAGAAGUCCAGCUCCAAAUGUUAGCAAAAUAAAUGUCUCUACACCAAGUGAAUCCCAACAAGAUCCUGGUAACAUCCAACAGGUGUCCAAACAGGGUAGUCAGAAUGAGGAAAUGGACACUUCAGAAAAAAGUGAAGUAACAGAGGAAAAUAAGCAGGAAGGUGUUAAGCAGGGAGAAAGCAAUAAGGAAUCUGAGAGAAAAAAGGUCACAGAAACAAGUGCAAUGGAUAAUAUGCCAAAUUUCUUGGCUGAUGUAGAUUCUUUGAAGGAGAAAAAGUCUUUGAAAAGUGAAUCUCAGACAAAGAAGAAGACAAGUGAUACUCAAAAAGAAAAAGAGAAGGAGGAGAAAUCAUCAGAAAAAGAGGAGAAUAAAAGCCUGGUACCUCUUACAGUGCAGACUUUGGAGGAUGAUUUGAAAAAGAAACCAAAAGAAAAGAAAGAAACAAAAGCAAGUGAAAAAGCUAAACCAGAGGUCACAGAGAAGGAUAAAUUUACAGCAGAGGUCAAACAGGAGGCAAAGGCUGAGGAAGGAGAUACACCAAAGGAUGGUAGCUCCUCAAAACAAGAGGAGAAAAAGGAGGUUGAGGGCAAGAGAUCUGAGAAGGAGGUUGAGGGCAAAAGAUCUGAAAAAGAGAAAGAGUGCAAGAGAUCUGAGAAAGAGAAGGAGGACUUUGAUCCUGUGGGGGCCAUGGACUGGAAGGAUGGAGUGGGGGAGCUCGAGGGCAGCAGUCUUAAAUUUAAGAUGAAUGAGUUUGGAGCUUUAGAAGUGAUAACAGAUGAGCUGGAAUGUAAUGAGACUCUGGACUCCAGCACUGAAAUGGAUGACUCUGAAACAAAAGAGAAGGAAACAGAGGCCACUCCAGGGUGUAGUGGUGACACAGAGACAAAAUCUGGGGGAAGGAAAAAAGAUGAUAAAUUACCUGAUGCCAGUGGAGAAGUAAGAGAUGAAGUUUGUCAGUGUAUGAACUGUGGAGAGUUUGGGUUUGCUAGUGAAUUCUGUAAAUCUGGUCGAUUUUGUAGCCAAUCCUGUGCUACAACCUUCACUACCAAAAAAAUGAGAGGGAGAGGAGGACAUAGCCAUUUUAUGUCUAAAAUGUGGAAGAAGAAAAAGAAGCUGAUGUUGUUGAAAGGAACCCUAGAUGAAGAUGGGGUCCCUGUCAAAUCUGGACCAGGCAAAAAACCAAAAUUACAUAACUGGGCUUCAUACUUGGAGAGAACAAAAGCCCAAGGUGCUCCUUUAAGAUUGUUUAAAGAACCCUUUCCGGUGUAUAAGAAUGGCUUUAAGCUGGGUAUGAAACUUGAGGGGGUUGAUCCUAAGCACCAGUCCCUGUUUUGUGUUCUAACUGUCGCAGAAAUCUGCGGGUUUAGAAUCAGGCUUCACUUUGAUGGAUAUUCAGAGUGCUAUGAUUUCUGGACAAAUGCUGACUCUGGGUUUCUGUUUCCGGUUGGUUGGUGUGAGGAGAACAACAGAACUCUUCAGCCUCCAAAAGGGUUUACCACUGAUGGAUUUCAUUGGCUCAACUAUCUGAAGUUAUCAAAGGCAAUUGCUGCUCCAAGGUCUUUGUUUAAUAAUCUUCCUCAAGAGCCUGUUCCCCCUCACUUAUUUAAAGUGGGCCAGAAGUUGGAGUCAGUUGACAAGAAGAAUAGUAAUUUAAUCUGUGCUUCCACUGUUAAUGAUGUGAUGGCAAACAAAAUCCUGAUCCAUUUUGAUGGCUGGGAAGACACCUAUGAUUAUUGGUGUGACAUUACAUCCAUGAAUAUUCAUCCUGUUGGCUGGUGUGAGGAAAAUGGAAAAACACUCUCUCCACCCGGUGAAUAUGAAAAUGUUCACUUCAACUGGCAGGAGUACUUGGAGAGGAAUGAGGCAGAGGCUGUGCCAGAGAAAGCAUUUAAACCACAAUCCCCUGUUGGCUUUGAGGUCGGUAUGAAGAUUGAAGCUGUGGAUAAGAGAAAUCCAGUUUUGAUCCGGGUAGCCACGGUGACAGAGGUGGAUGGACAUCUCCUGAAGCUCCACUUUGAUGAGUGGGAUGAGUGCUAUGACUACUGGGUGGAAGACGACUGCCCUGACAUCCACCCUCCAGGCUGGUGUCAUAAAACAGGUCAUCCACUUACCGCCCCACCCACACCAGCUGAUCUUGUCCCAGGACCCACUGGCUGUCCUAUACCAGGAUGUAAAGGUAUAGGACACAUCAAAGGUGCCAAAUAUACAGGUCAUCACAGUGCUUUUGGAUGUCCCUAUUCACCUUUAAACAUGAACAGGGAGUCUACCCUGCAGGAUCGUCUGGGAUCCACGCGAGCUGAGGAGGUGGUCCAAACCCCAACACCGUCCUCUCCUGUCGACUCUAGGAUGAUCAAAUCAGAACCUCCAGACUCACCAGAAAUUGUCAAAAAAUGCCCGACUCCAGGUUGUGAUGGACAGGGUCAUGUGACCGGGAAGUUUUCAGCCCAUCACAAACUGUCAGGUUGUCCUAAAGCUCAGAGCAAUCAGUUACAGCAGUCAAUAGUGGCAGAAAACACUGUCCCCAAAAAGUCCACACGUGGGCGUAAACCAAGGAGUUACUAUCUAAAUAUGGGAGAGAGAGGACCUCCUCCAAAAACUCCCAAACUGAAAUAUAAACAGGAAAGAGGUCAAGAUGUCACUAGUCCACAAGAUACCUUACAAAAUGGGGUGCAUAACUCAGUCUUCAAGUCAGCCAUGGCAACUACACCUAACCCAAAUGUCUCUCUCUGCUGGGAACAACAUGUUAAGCUUUUGCCAGGUGUUCAUAGGUUGAAGGGGUCAGAUGUAGCAAAAUGGAACAUCGAACAAGUGGCAGCAUUUGUCAAAACUCUCCCUGGCUGUGAGGAACAUUACAAGACGUUCAAAGAGGAGCAAAUUGAUGGAGAGGCUUUCCUGUUGAUUUCUCAAGCAGACCUGGUCAAGAUUUUAAACAUUAAGUUAGGGCCGGCAAUCAAGAUAUAUAACAGCCUAAUGGUGUUCAAAAAUUCCCUGGAUGUGUGAUACUCAACUCUAUUGUGAUAAACGUUGAUACGAGUCAGAUCAAACAUUCUGAUUUACUCUCAUUGUGCUAUCUAUUCUGUAAAUUUUUUUUUGUUAUGACUUAGUAUUGCUUAAAAAGUGCUUUUUUUGCUUUCAUUAAUUGUUAAUAUUUACAGGUGUUCAUUUAGUUAGAUUUUUAUUUAAAGAAUUAGAUAAAAAUGCAACUUGAAGCAGCAGUAGAUAAUUAUUUCUUUAUGUAUGAGAGGUAUAUUUUUUGAGAAUUUUGUCAUUAUAAUUGGCAGUGCAUGUCUAUGUAAUGCAGUUCUCUAUUACCUGGUUAUAUGGUUUUUAUAAUGGAUUAAAAUCAUCUAUCAAAUUUGUUUAUUGUUUGCUAGAUAUGAUGUCCUUUUUCAGUUUAUAGUUCAUUAAAUGGGAAAAUUUAAUGGUAAUUAGUAAGUAUCCAUCAAAUAUGAAUAAAUAGAUUUUUUUAAGUAACAAAUCAAGUUGAACUUUGGUAUCUUGCAUUGAACAUGGGUAUCUCAAAUACCAUGGAUAUGUCAAAGUUAGUUAUACAAGUCCUAAACACUUUUUCUUUAUGUAUUUUAACCCACAAAUCUUGAAUCCAGGAUAUCUCAAUUUUUUUUUCUUGUCCCAUCGAGUUCAAAAUAAUGAAGUUUUAUUGUAUUUUAUGUUUGGAUGUUUCACAGCUUUCAUUACAUAUAAAAUUACCAGUAUCAUGGAAUAC